UAUCAUUUUGUUGAUUGAUAAUAAAAAUUUAUAGAGAAAAAAAUUUUUCUGAACAAAAAAAAACCGAAUCAAGAAGAAAAUCGAAAAGUUCGAACAAAACACCCUUAACACACAGGGGACAGCAACAGCAGCAGCAGUACAGUGUGUUUGUUUGUCUGUGUCUGUGGUGGGUAAGAAAUACGAAACAAAAUAACAAACAGAACCACCACCACCACUGCGAUCAACAACUUGAUAAUCCCGGCUUUGAAAAUUAGUCAUCAAAACAACAACAACAACAACAAAAAAAAUUCGAAUGUUCAAUUUAUGGAUCAACAUUAUCAUCCACAACAUCAAUAAAUAGAGAUGGAUCCAACUGAAUCAAUAUUGUCUACAUUGAAUUAUACAUUCGAUUCAAUGAAUCAUAAUUUUGACCAUACAACAACACCAUUAUCAUCAUCAUCAUUAACAACAUCGACAUCGAAUGAUUUUGGUUAUAAUGAUUUGUUAUUGAAUAAUAUACAUGAUGUUGAUGAUUUUCUUACUGCCGAUAAUUUAUUGGACACAAUCAAUGAUCAAUUAUUAUUUCCAUCAUUGAAUAAUUUUGAUGAAUAUUAUGAUGAUGAUUUCUUUUCAUCAUCGUCAUCAUCAUCUACAUUUGGUAAUAAUAAUUUUGGCAAUUUUACCGGUGUUAAUGGUGGUGGAAUAAAUCAAUCAUCAUCAUUUAAACAACAACAUCAUCAUCAACAACAACAACAGCAUAUGAAACUACCUAAAAAAUCCACACCAACAUUGAUUUUAAAAAAUUCAAAUCCAACUGUAUCGAUAUUGAAAACAACAACAACAACAACAACGAAGAAAACAACAAAAUCUCGAUAUCAAAGAUCAAAAUUAUCGAUAAAUAAUUGUCAUAAAAAUGCUUCAGCAACUGCAGCAGCAGCCGCCGCCACUACUGUCGUUGCUGUUGCAACUACUACAAUCGCUCCAAAAGUUUAUGUAUCACAAAAAUCAUCAAAAAAACAUGAUAAUAAAGGCACAUCGAUUUUGGUGAAACAUCAGCAGCAGCAGCAGCAACAAAAACAACGAAAAAAUUCACCAAAAAAACGUUCAUCAUUAUUAUUUUCACCAAUGAAAAAUAAUUCAGCAUCAGCAGCCGAACCGAUUUCAGUUUUAAUGCCAAAAGUAGUCCAAUCGCUAUUUCCGCCAUCAUUACAACAGCAACAACAACAACAACAAAAACAAUUAUCUACUAAACAUUAUGGAUCAGAAUUCUUAUAUCAUCAUAUUUCAUUAAGAGAUCAUGAUUAUUGUACUAAUACAAUAUUUGUACCGUUAACAACAACAACAACAAUGACAACCGAAACGAUAUCUUCAACUAAUGAUAAUGGUGAUGAUGCUCAUUGUAAAAUAAUCAAUGAAACUAAAAAUGAAAUUGAUGACAUUCUUAAUGGUUAUUGUCCAGAUGAUGUUAUGCUCAAAGAAUUACCUGAAUGUCUUUCCGAUCUAAUUGGUGGAUUGGAUAGUGGUGAUCUGAUGAACAACAAUACCGAUGAUCUUUUAAAUCAUCUUAAUGAUGCUUGCAAUAUAAUGACCGAACAAUAUCUAGAAGAAGCAUUAUCAAAUCAGGAUGAGUUGAAAAAUUUACCAGAUUUAAAUCUUACUGAAGAAGAUUUAAAACAAGUUAUUGAUUCUUGUUGUUACUCUGAAGAUGGACAACAAUCAUCGACAAUAAUGACCAAUGAUGAUUUGAAUGAUAUUUGUUAUGAUCAAUUUGUUACAAAUCCUUCUGAUAAUCAUACAAUAAUAUCAUCAUCAAAUAUUGAUAAUUCAGAUUCUGCAAGUGUUACAACCGGUUGUACAGAUGAUUCAUUAUUAGAUGAUAAACAACAAACAUCAUCAUCAUCAUUUAUUAGGCUCAAAAAUCAAAUGAAAUCUAAACGUAAUCGUAGUCUUUCAUCAUCAUCACCAUCAUCAACGAUGAUAUUGACAAAACGUAAACGAAGAUUUUCAACACGUUCAUCGGUGAAUAGUUCAGAUGCAAUGUCAUCAUCUGAAUCAUCGUCAUCAAUAGAAUCAUCAAGUUCACGUAGUUCAUCACCGGAAAGAUCAUUUAAUUUGGCUGUAAAUUUUACACCAAAUAAUAAUUGUCAUAAUUAUUUUUAUGCCAAAAAUCAUUAUAAUAAUGGUGGUAGUAGUAGUAAUAGUAAUAGCAGUAGUAAUAAUAAUAAGUAUCAACAAGCGAUAAAGAAAAAAUAUCGUAUAGAGAUGAAUAUGGAUAAAGGUAAACAAUGGACAAAAGCUUAUUCGAAAAAUAUAUUGAAAAAACAAACAUUGCCAUCAACAAUGAACAAGAAUAAUAAAUGUCAUAUAAUUCAUUCAGUUCCAACCAUCAUCAGUAAUAAACAUCAGCAACAGCAAAAUGUUGUAAAUGGCUCUAGUCAUCAUGAUGAUGUUAAUAAUGAUAAUAAAGACGAUGAAACCGUAUUGUAUAUUGGAAAUAUUCCAGGUGGUGGCCAUUUUACUAAAAAUGAUAUACGUUUUUGGUUCAAUAAAUUUGGUAUUAUUGAAGAUGUACAAAUGUUUCAAAAACAAACAAAAUCAUUUGCAUUUGUUCGUUAUCGGAAUGGACAAUCAACAGCAAAUGCUAUCAAAUAUGGCAACGAUGAUUUAAAUCAUCCAAAAUUUAUACUUUCAUAUGGUGGUGAAAAUCGACGAAAACAUUAUAAAGAUCUUGAUUCAGUACCAGAAAAAUUGGAUUUUAGGAUAAACAUUAACAACAACAACAACAAUAACAAAAGUAUCGGUGGUGGUGGUAAUGAUGAUGAAGAUUUUGAUACAUUAUUACGUUCAGCAACGGAAUCGUUUAAAGAUUUUAAACAAAAACAACAACAGCAUCAACAACAAAGAAUUUGAUUAUGUGGUAUGGUGGUGUGGUGUGGUGUCUGGCCAUCCAUUCACACACUCAUCCAUCCACUACUAAUUAAUUUCUUAUGAAAAAAAAUGUGAUUUAUUUUCGAUUUCGAAAAAAAUAUCCCGAUUUUUUUAUUGUUGUUGUUGUUGUUGUGUCAAAAAUACCAACUUCUUUCUCUCAAUACAUACAUAUACAAACAUUUUGUCCAUCUACUGGAUAUAUAUGGCACUACAUGAUUGAACAAAGCAAUCGUUUUUUUUUUUCUAUUUCUUCAUUUUCGUUUUUCGUUGUCAAAGUAUUUUUCAACACAAAUUUUCAUAUUUCAUUUCAUUUUGUGUUUAUCAUUAUGAUGCUCUUGAAAUAUUUAAAUCUCUCAGUUUGAUCUGAUUCAGUUUUCACACACACACACAAACACAAACACACUAUUUAUGCUACAAUCCUUUUUUUUCUAUUUUGUAAUCAUCAUAAACACCUUGAUUUUAAAAAAAAAAUUUUCCAUCCAAAAAAGACAGGAAUUUGAUUCAUUCAUGAAACACUACUAACUAUCUGAUUUAUACAUACAUACACAUAUUUAAUGUUCUAUUUUGAGUUUUUAUAAACAACAACAACAACAACGAUCCACAACGACCCAUAAAAAUCAUAAUCAUAAUCACUAUAUAUAUAUGGCG